AUGUCUGCGACAGAAUCUGCAGCCGGUACUGAAUCAUGGGACCAUAUUCAUCCGAUCCCUGCAGCCUGGUUUCUUGUUGUAUGCACAGUACUUUCUAUUUCUUGCAACACCAUCAACCUUACCGUUAUACCUAGGCUGAAUGAUUUGGCAGAUACUUCGAAAGUCUUUUAUAUCGCUCUCGCCAUCUUUGAUCUUAUGGUCACGUUUAUACAUAUCCUUAUGAUCAAACCUUCUAUAUCGGGUUACUGGAUUUAUGGUGAAUUAGCUUGUAAAGCGAUUGGAACCUGUGCGGGAUUCGUGCUAGCCUUUUCAUCAGCAACGGUGACACUGCUCAACAUCGACAGGUUUAUCUUAAUAAUCCGACCCCUUCGAUAUCCGUCAAUUGUUACUCUACGACGUUGUGUUGCUGUCUUGGUAGCGACGUGUUGCAGCAUGGUCAUCAUUGGCCUUCUUGAAUUCGAAUUCGCAGGACACUCCUUUGACAUCGUUCGCUUUCGAGAAUUUGGGGUGUGCAUCAUGGACUCAACCGAUAAAGACUUCUUACCAAUAGCCAUUUUUAAUUAUACCAUCUCGUUCUGGGCUCAAGCGGUUAUCAUCACGGUACUCUACUUGAUCGUAAUUCGAACUGCCUGGAAACACACCAACGAUAUGGCUCGACGUGAAGAAGCUGUAUUCCAGAUCCGAAAGUUCUACAAUCCGAUGCUGGAGGAGGCCUUUGCGCACUAUGAGGAGGGUGUAUCAUCACGUCAAGGCGCCGACCUCUUCAAUGACGCACUCUUCAAAGCUAAGACGAAGUGUACACAUAUUCUCGUGAGGAAACUCCUCUAUGUAGAUGACAUUGCUCUUGCUGCUCAUACGCAGAUGCGCAGUUACAUCAUGGUAUAG